UUAGAUAAUUUACAAUUUAAAGCUCGUACCAAUUGUCAACCAAAUUACCUACCUUCUGUAGAAUUGCAAAGCCAAUAUACUUAUACUGAAAAUUUACAAAAUCAAAUUUCUCAAGUUUAUAAAUCACUAAAUCAUCAUGACAAUACUGAAUCUUCGCCUUUUACCGCCAAUAACAAAUAUUCUUCUAAUCAAAGAAUUAAAUCUGGCAUCGAUCCUUUACUUGAUCUGUCUAAUGGUUAUGGCAAAUGUUCUUCUAAUCAUAGAAAUGAACCCAGCAUCGAUCCUUUGCUUGACCAAUCUAACAUUUAUAGCAAACGAUCUUAUAAUCAAAGCUAUUUGCAUUUCGAUGAAGAUGAAUUUUCAGAAGAUGAAAUCUUUUCUUUACUCG